AUGCCUAAUCUCAGUUCUCACAAGCAAGUUAAGGCUUGACUUUAUUUGUUGAUUCUCUUUGUAGCAUCAAGUUCCUUUGACGUAUUAAUCGUUUAUUCAAAUAGAACAAAAGCAAUUAUGCAAAAUUUGAUGACAAGUACAGAGUUAUUCAAUAAAAACUCAACCGAAAUAUUUUAUUGCAAUGAUUUAUAUUUCGAUGAAGAAAUAUCAAAUCACCCCAAUCUGAUUGCAGUUUUCGACAUUACAAAUAAUCUGAACUCUCAAUUUGAGAUUGCAAAAGUUUGUGAGUUCAAUUUACUGGUACAUUUUUUAGUUUCUGAUAGCUUGCCUUAUCAAAGCAAGUGAACAUUUUUACUUUCAAGCUCUAAAGAAGACUUAAGCAAAGCCAUAGCUUCAACUUUGACAUAUUUCAAUUGAGUUGAUGGAGUAGCUAUAGCUGACGUAGAAAGAUAUGCAAGCUUAUACACGAUGGCUUCAGAAUAUUCAUCAAAAAUUAAUUUAAUUUCAGUUGGCUCAAACACCGUUUUUCAAAAUCUGGUUGGAAGAGAAAUCAUGGAAUUAGGCUGCUCUCUAUUUUAUUUAUUACUAGAUAAAGCGCUUUCUCUUGAACUUCAGAAAAAUUUGGUUUCCUCAAAAUUAAUAGUUAAUGGAACAGGAAUUUUGCUCAUAGAAGAUGGCAGCUACGGAUCGAGUAUUGAAGGUGCUCUCGCAAUUGUGGAUAAAGGAAGAGAAUUAGUAGACUCAAAAGAAAGAUAUUUAAUUGAUAUAAUUUCAGAAAUGAUUGAUGCUCUUAGCAAUGUUUCAAGCUCAUAUAGUAUGCAAAAGGUACUUGAAGAAAGAUGUAUAAAUAGACAUUGUUUAACAGAGUUUUCGCUAAUAAAUAUUCAAGAAGCUAAGAGAAAGAUUGUUGGAUCAAUCAAAAAUGGCAAAUUGAGUUUAAAUUUACCAAUUAUUUUUCCUGGAAACUCUACAAAUAUACCGAUUUCGCAGAAAAAAGUGCUGUUUUUUAGCGCUAGUAAUGGGCCAACUGAUCCUGGUGGAAAUCCAGUAGCGCUGGUACCCAUAAAUACAAGAGGAGUUACUUUGGCUGUUAAACAUAUGAAUACAGGAACAGAAAUACUGCAAAAUUUUCAAAUUAAGCUAAACGGUUUUGAUUGUGGAGUUAAUAUAUAUAAUCCUGAUUUCUGCCUAUCUUGCUUUGGCAAAGACAUUAAUAAAAUAGGCUUAGCACAUAUUGGAGGUUUAAGCUCUAGUAUGGCUAUGGGAGAUAUGAUAACAUUUAAAAAAUUGAAUAAAACUACUCCUCUUGUCAGUGCUACAAAUACUGAAGUAUCUCUCGGGAACUCGACGAAAUACCCUUACUAUUCUAGAGUGAAUUUGAAUAAUUAUGACUUAGCAGCUCAAAUUCCAUUAUUUUUAAAAACUAUUGGGUGAAGGAAUAUAGCACUUAUAUAUCAAAAUAACAGUAUAGGGGUUAACUUUAACUUUAUUGUCUCGCAAGCUGCUGCCAAGCAAAAUGUAAAAAUCCUCAAUACUAAUAGGGCCAUUCCAGCUUCAAUGACUCGAGAACAAAUAAAAAAUUGAACAAAUGUUUUCCAAGAGAUUAUAGACUUGAAGGUUAGGCUCGUAGUAAUGACACUAAAUGCUCCUGUGUGUAAUUAUGCAAUAGAAGUUUUUUAUGAUUUAGGAUUAAGAAAAGGGGAUAUUUUAUUUUAUACAGGCUAUCUUGACCACCUUAACUCAGUGGGGACUAAUGAUGAGUUUCUUUAUAAGAGAAUAGAACUUGGAAUACCAUUAAUGAGCACUUGGCAGUCAAUGUUCAUAGGGAAUAAAGGAAUAGAAGUUCACGAUGAGCUUUAUUCCACUUAUAAUAAUACUGAGCCAGGAUUAUUUGCAUGCCCUUAUUUUGAUGCUGCAUAUUUGAUUGGUUCAGCCUUGGAUUGGACAAUCAAUCGUGGGCUUGACUACGAAAACCCAGCAAUCUUUCAAAAAUCAAUAAGAGAUGUCAAAUUUAUAGGAUGCACUGGAACAGUUUAUAUUCAAAGAAAUACUAAUGAUAGAUCUAUAAACAGUCUUGCUAUUAAAGCAAAUAGUUAUAGCCCUGAUAAAGGUGUAACAGUUUACACACUAGGCUAUCUCGAACCUUCUAGCGCUGAUUUCCUAACCAUAAUUCACCCUAUUGUCUAUUCAGAUGGAACAACAAUUAAGCCUCCAGAUUUCAGGGGCACUAAUAAUAAUUGUCCAUUUGAUAACAAGCUAAAGCAAACAUUUUAUAUGGGCCGAGCUCUGGUUUUUGGAAUUUGCUUUAUUAUAGCUGUUAUAACCGCUAUUAUAACCUUCAUAAUUUGGAAGAAAUGAUGGAACAUAAAGAUUGAGGAGCUCAAAACCCGCCAAGAAAUAUCGAUCCAAGAUUUUAUUAUUGGUGCCAGUAUUGGAAUUGAAUUUUUCCAGCUUCUUUCUAUGGGGCCUGACAUUAGGCCUUUAAAUUCUUUUAUUGCUGAUAUUGGAGAUCUCUUAUCGUUAGAUCUUGAAUCAUUUUUAAAGCUUGAAAAUGGCAAGUUUUGGUGGCUUUCAACAUCAGUCAUUGGUCUCUGUGGGCUUUGAAUAUUGCUAUGCUAUAUAGUACUGUUUCGAAUUGACGAAAAAUAUGAGCACAUUUCUCUUUUCAGAGCUUUAGGAUUUUUUGCUGACAAAUUAAUGCCAAUAUUAGGAAACUUAUGCUUUAUCCCAUUUGUAUCAAUCCUUCUUGAUAUUUAUGUAUGUGAUGAGUCAAUAGGUAACAGUUUUACUAAAAGUUUCCUUUCCAAAGAUUGCUAUCAGUUUUGUUGGCAGGGCUCUCAUAUUAUUUAUGUUGUGCUAUCCACCUUUGCAUUAUUUUGCUACGAGCCUUUAGCAGUAUUCUGUAGACCUUUAUGGCAAGAAUUACAGUCUAAUUUGCAUGUUAAAUCAAUUCCGUUGCAUCUUAUGUCAAAAACAGUUAUUCAAGUAAUAUUGGUGGUGAUGAAUAAAACUUUGAAAAGAAGCAGCGAAAUAGCUCAUGGAUGCGUAUUUACAGUCUUAAUCAUUUUGUAUACAGGAUUUAUAUGGAAAUUCAAAGCUUAUAAUUAUGGAAGGUUUAACUGAUGGCAGCAGUUAAGUUUGAUUGGAGUUGCUUGAAUAACGCUUUUAUCAACCGCAUGCGCUAUUUUUGGGAAUGCUAGUUUCCCUUAUCUGCCUUUAAUUUUAUCUGGAUGGUUUUUAAUAGUUGUAGUAGGAUUGAUUGUUCAAAGAAAGAAAUAUCCAAGCUUGCUAUAUAGACAAAAAGCCAAAGAUACUUCAACUUUAUUCAAGUUUGCAUUUUCUUUUGGAAAGAAAUCACAGAUGCUACAUUCAAAAAUUACUCCUCAAAAAUUAGACUUUUAUAAGUAA